CUUAUUUGUUUGCUGUAAAAAUAAAUAAAAUAAAGUAGUUUCUUUUUCAGUUUCCAGAUUUAAGUCCUUUUUUAGGGUUCGUUCAUUUCCUUUUUGUUUGUUUUUUCAAAGUGGGGGCUCUCGAUUCAUAAUUGCUUUCCUUUCCUUUUCACUUCCUCACAUAACCAAUUAUUAGAAAGCAAGAAGAAGAACCAGUUCGAUUCCAAUCCAAGAAGAUCCAAUUUGAAAUCAAACCCUAAUUCUACUACAGUGGGCUUCUUCUUCUACUUCAUUAUCCUCUUCUCUAAAAGGUUUUUUGAUUGCUUUUCAUUUUGUUUAAAGUUGUUGUAAUUAGUUUGGUGAAGUCUAGGUAUUGUUUGUCAUUAUUAUUCUUGUUGUGUACAGACUUGAUUGAUUUGGUGAAGUUUAGUUGAGACAAAAGUGAAAAUGGAGUUUGAUUUCUCAGCUGGUUGAAAAUUAAUUAUUACUUGUUACUUACCUAUUUCGAUGUAUCCAAGACUAAGGAAUCAUACAAAUUUGUAACGUUGUUGAUUCAGUAAAUGCAAUUUACUACUGUUUGAGUUUGGGAUUGUUGGGGCUUUCUUUUUUCAGUGUGAACCCAGACUUUAAGAUUUAUUUGGUAAUUUUAGGGUUUGGGGUUUCAUUUCUGGAUCGAUUUGGUAGUGGGUUUGAGUCAGAUUUUGUAUUUGGUUUGGGUUGGGGUUUUAGAAUGGCCAGGAGGUUUGAAAAUCUUGUCUCUGCAAGAAAAUCAUUGAAAAUUGGUUUAGAGAAAUCAAAAACACUUGGUUUUGCAUUAGAUAAAACAGGACCAAGAUUAGAAGAAAUUAUACAGAGAUUACCAUCGUUAGAAGCUGCGGUACGUCCAAUUCGAGCACAGAAAGAGGCUUUAGUUGCUGUAGGAGGUCACAUUGAUCGAGCAGUGGGUCCUGCUGCUGCUGUUUUAAAGGUAUUCGAUGCUGUUCAUGGGCUGGAAAGAUCAUUGUUCUCAGACCCUCGAUCUGAUCUAUCAGGAUACCUUUCGGUUCUUAGAAGACUAGAAGAAGCAUUGAAAUUUUUGGGUGACAAUUGCGGGUUAGCUAUACAAUGGUUAGAGGAUAUUGUAGAGUAUCUUGAAGAUAAUUCAGUUGCAGAUGAGAAGUAUUUAUCGAAUUUGAAGAAUUCUUUGAAGACUCUGGGAGAGUCGCAGACGGAUGAAGAGAGGGCUAGACUCGAUGGUGGGCUUCUUUAUGCUGCUUUGGAGAAAUUGGAAGCUGAAUUCAGGAGACUCCUAAUGGAAUUUAGUGUUCCUCUUCCUAUGUCAUCUGCAACUGGAGAACAGGCUUGCAUUGCCCCAUCUCCAUUACCGGUACAUGUUAUUCAGAAACUACAAGCCAUUAUCGAGAGGUUAACUGCUAAUAACAGAUUAGAUAACUGCAUUUCUAUAUAUGUUGAGGUUCGUAGUGCUAAUGUUAGGGCAAGUUUACAGGCGCUCAAUCUUGAUUACCUCGAGAUAUCUAUUUCAGAAUUUAAUGAUGUGCAAAGUAUAGAAGGCUACAUAGCUCAAUGGGGUAAGCAUUUGGAAUUUGCCGUGAAGCAUCUUUUCGAGGCCGAGUAUAAGCUAUGUAAUGAUGUAUUUGAAAAGAUUGGACUUGAUAUUUGGAUGAGUUGCUUUGCGAAGAUAGCAGCUCAGGCUGGAAUUCUUGCUUUCCUCCAGUUCGGAAAGAUGGUUACAGAGAGUAAAAAAGAUCCAAUCAAACUUUUGAAAUUGUUGGAUAUUUUUUACUCUUUAAACAAGCUAAGAUUAGAUUUUAAUAGGCUUUUUGGAGGGAAGGCGUGCAUCGAAAUUCAGAAUCUCACACGGGAUCUCAUUAAGAGGGUUAUUGAAGGUGCCUGUGAGAUUUUCUGGGAGCUUUUGGUGCAAGUGGAAUUACAGAGGCAGGCUCCUCCUCCUCCAGAUGGAUGUGUACCCAGGUUGGUGAGCUUCAUUACAGAUUACUCUAAUAGGUUGCUUGGUGACGAUUAUAGGCCAAUCUUAACUCAGGUUCUGGUUAUUGAACGAAGCUGGAAGCAAGAGAAGUUCCAAGAAAGGCUUCUUAAUGAUGCUAUCUUGAAUAUAGUUAAGGCUAUUGAGUUAAAUUUGGAAACUUGGUCAAAAGGCUACCAGGAUAUAACCCUUUCGUACAUCUUUAUGAUGAAUAAUCACUGGCAUUUCUACAAGCAUUUGAAGGGAACAAAACUUGGGGAUCUCUUGGGAGAUGUUUGGUUGAGAGAACAUGAACAGUACAAGGAGUAUUAUGCUGCAGUGUACUUGCGAGAAACAUGGGGGAAGCUUCCUGCUUUAUUAAGCAGGGAAGGUCUGAUAAUGUUCUCAGGUGGGAGAGCUACUGCCAGAGAUCUGGUGAAGAAGCGUCUGAAGGCAUUCAACGAGGCUUUUGAUGAAAUGUAUAAAAAACAGUUGAACUGGGUUAUUUCUGAGAAGGAUCUUAGAGAGAAGACUUGUCAUCUGGCUGUGCAGGCUAUUGUUCCUGUUUACAGAAGUUAUAUGCAGAAUUACGGGCCAUUGGUGGAGCAAGAUGCGAGCUCAAGCAAGUAUGCAAAGUACACGGCUCAAAGUUUGGAGAAGAUGCUAAGUUCUUUGUUUCAGCCGAAAACCGGGAAAUUCGGUAGUUUCAAAUCAAGGCAAUAUUCUAGUUUUAAUGGAAAAGCAAAUGAUGCAGUUAAAAGCCCUCUUCUUCGCUCUUCUUCAACUCUUGUGUGAUUGCAUAUGCCGCUUGAAGUUGUUAGUUGCUGCUUCUUCUAUGGUUAGAUUGCUCGCCUGUACAUAGUGAUACGCCCAUUGGGUUUCUCUAUGGAUACAGAGGUGUGGGAACAGCUGCAAGUAUAGCUGUAUAACAGUGAUCUGGAUAAACUGACGGGUCGGAUCCUCGUAUCAAGUUAUCAGCACAGAUUCCUGGAAUUUACAGUUUUGUAUUUGCAACACAGAAACCUUCUUCUAUGAACUGAUGAGUACCCAGCGUUUAAGAUGUGAAGGGUAUUUGUAGCUGGGCAUGCAAAUUAGCUUUAGCAACAAGAAAAAGGAGCGCAGCCACCUUAUCAUUUCAGGAACUAUGUUAGCUAGUACGAUAAUAAAAUGACUGAAAUUUGCAAUGUUCGUGAACUUAAACUGAAUUCUCAUAAGAAACUAGCAUUCUGGAGUGUCUUGGCAUUUA